CCUAUUGAGUAUUAAACUAUUAAUAAAAUUAAUACACACACGCAGAAGAAUGAGAAAACAUUAAAAAAGGGACAGACAGAAGAGAGAAAAGUGCGUUUCUUGCCAUGCUGGGAGGAGAGAGAAAAUCUGGGGGAGCGCCAAACAAGGAAUAAGAAAGGAUUAUAGUUGUAUUCAACUGAUAUAGCAAAACCAUAGAAGAAGGAGAAAUGGGUAUUAUUGAUUUUAUUGUUCUGAGAUUUUAAUGGAGUUGGGUGGUUUUGAGAUUGAAGAAUUUGCUUCUUGUUCUUCUCCAAUGGCAGAAGUAGCAGCAAAAACAAGUUUCUUGUUCAUUCUUUUUCGCUUGCUUCUUUAAAAAAAAGUAUCUUUAACUUACUUUCCUUCUUUUCUACACUUCCCUUAUUUUACUCAAUCUUAACUUACUCAUACAUGACCUUUUUCAUUUUCUUUUCCUUUUUGGUAUCGAUUAUCUUGAAGUUAGUGAAAACCCAUUUCAAUAUAUGAAAUACCCAAAUCAAUAUAUGAUAAGAUAUGAACAAUAAAAGCUAUUAAUUGCUCUCCCUUAAAAAAAUUUAUUUCCAUUUUAAUGAAGAUUUCUGAAUAUCCAUACUGCUUCUAAAAGCUGGUGCUUUUUUGUAUUUUGAUAUAUACCUGGAUGCUGCAAACCUUCGUGGGUUCAAAUCUAGAGGAAUCUGGAAUUGGUUGAACUGAAUUUUUCAUUACUCUUUUGGGUUUAAUCUUCUGGUUUGGUGUUUGUUUUGGUUGGUGAGUUUGAAAUUGUUCAAGUGGAACCAUCCUUAUGAAUUGUGUAAAUAAUAGGAAUUAGUUGUGAUUUCCUCCUUUUUCAGUAUUUUAUGAACUUGGAGGACCAUAAUUUCUUAUAAUUACAUUCAAAGGAGGAAGCAGAAGGAAAGUUGGGAUAGAUCUGUCAAAUUAUCUCAAUUCCUUGAGAGUAUACUCCCACCAACUUUUUUCUUUGUGGGUUGUAUUGUUUUGUUUGCAAUUCAGAUUGAAAACAGCUUAUUGAUCACACUUUAGGUGAAUUGUAGAAUUCUAUUCUAUAUUUUUUUUAUCAUAAAGUUGAAUUAGGUAGAGAUUUUGUAUGGUUUUGUGAUCAAAGAUUGUAUGGUGUUGUAUAACUUGGUGGGUAAUUUCAUUGGAUGGGAGUGCCUGAUAGUCCUUUGUUAGAUCUAAUUAACAAGGUUAGGUCUUGGGUUUAUUUGGGUAAAACCAAUUCUUCAAAUUUGUCUUCUGAUUUGAACAUGGCUGAGAACUGUUGCUGCCAGUGUGAACUGAAGUUUUCUGAGUUAUGCCACAAAUAUAGCUGCUUAGAUUGUAGAAGGCUGUUGUGUGGCCCUUGUGUCCAGGGUAGUCGCUCGCUUGUUAUUGCUACCUCAAAUCGUGAUCAAUUGGAGAAGUUUAUAAAGGUCUGCAAAUUUUGCUGUAAAUCUUGUAAGAGGCAUAUUGGAAAAGUUUACCCUUCUGAGUCUCCACGUGCAAGUCCGGAGCCUAUAUGGCCCCUGGCUUGUGAUAAGUUAAAUAGUGAUGAAAUUGCUGCGAGUACUGAAGCGGAUGGUGUUUCCGGCUCGGUAGAGUUCCAGGAUUAUACCUUUUCUCUGCAUAAAAUCAACAGAAGCAGAAUGUUGUCUUUUUCAGGUCGAUCCCAUCAGCACUCACCGUUUCAGAGUGAUGAAGAACCGGAGGAGUCCGAGAGACAUUUUUUCAGCUCUGCAAGUGAUUAUUACCAUGAUAAUUCUGACAUAGACACGAGUAGUGUUAGCUUUAGGAAUGAGUUUGAUAGUUUCAGGUCAGCGGGUUCGAGUCCCUUAGAUAGCCCCUCUAGGUUCAAUAUUUAUACACCUAGUGCUGGGCGCUCUGUACAGCAAACUAGAGGUGACAGCCCUAAGCCUCAAUAUAGCUGUUCCUCUCCUGUGACUGGUGCUUCUGUGAAUGGUGAUCGUGGAUCUGAAAAGGAUAAUGAGAAACUUUAUAAAUCUUUGGAUUUUGAAAGUAAUGGUCAUAUCUGGCUUCCUCCACCCCCUGAAGACGAAGAUGGUCAGGGUGAGAGCAAUUUUUUUGAAUAUGAUGAUGAUGAUGACGUUGUAGGAGUAUCAGGUGGGGUGUUCACUUCUACCGCCUGCCUCCCUAAUUCAUUUCCCGCAAAGGAAAACCAAAUUGAGGAGCAGAGGGAAAACUUAAGGGCCGUUAUACAAGGACAUUUCAGAGCUCUUGUAUCACAGUUACUACAAGAUGAAGGAAUCAAAGUUGGUAAUGGAAAUGGUCCAGAUUGGUUGGAUAUUGUUAGCAAUUUAGCUUGGCAAGCUGCUAACUUUGUCAAGCCGAAUACUGAAAAGGGGGGCAGUAUGGAUCCCGGAAAUUAUGUUAAGAUUAAAUGCAUAUCAUCAGGAAGUCCAAAUGAAAGCACUCUGGUAAAGGGUAUAGUUUGUACAAAGAAUAUUAAACAUAAGAGAAUGACUUCUCAAUACAAAACCCCUCGGAUAUUGCUCUUAGGUGGAUCACUUGAGUACCAGAGAUCUCAGAAUCAGCUGGCUUCAUUCAACACAUUAUUAGAAGAGGAAAUGAACCAUCUUAAGGUGAUUGUCUCAAAAAUAGAGGCCCAUCGGACGAACGUCUUGCUGGUUGAGAAAAGUGUGUCAUCAUAUGCACAGGAAUAUUUGCUGGAAAAGGAUAUUUCUUUAGUUUUGAAUGUUAAACGACAUGUAUUAGAGCGGAUAGCAAGGUGCACUGGUGCUGAGAUUACUCCAUCUGCUGAUAAAAUUUCUGUGGCUCAACUUGGACACUGUGAGCUUUUCCGCCUGGAGAAAGUUGCUGAAGAACUUGAGAUGGUUAAGCAAUCCAAUAGGAAACCAUCCAAAACCUUGAUGUUUUUCGAAGGUUGCCCUAGACGACUAGGUUGUACGGUUUUGUUGAAGGGUUUACGUCGAGAGGAGCUGAAGAGGGUUAAGCAUGUCGUUCACUUUGCAAUCUUUGCAGCUUACCAUCUGUUCUUGGAGACUUCUUUUCUUGCAGAUGAGGGUGCUCAUCUCCCUAAAAUGACUCCGAAAUCAUCUGAUUCUGUACCAGCCAGUUUAGCUGCUGUUGAUGAUGCAAUAACGAAUGUAUCUUUUUCUGAUGAUGUAGCUCCAGGCCAAGUAUCUAGAGAUGUGUUAGCUCCAUUAGAAGGAUUUGUUGGAGAAAUGGAGUUCGAACAACGGGUAGUAUUGGAGCUUCUUAGUUCUUCGGGUCAUUCUGUGAAUACUACAGGUGCUGAGAAACAGAUUCCCAAUCCUUGUGAUGGUUCACUGUCCAUUGCAACUUUUAAAUCUACGUCCCCUGUACUCGAUAAAAAUUCACUUGGUCUCACUGACGCAGCUGCUGAUGUUAUACAUCCUGUGCAAUUUGAAUUGCUUGAAGAAGUGUUUCCAGUGGAAGGGAAACUCAAAGAGGUGGAAUAUAUUGAUGAAAAUGAAGUCUCGGGUGACUAUCUUGCAGCAACUGAGAGCUGUCAGAGUAUAUUGGUGUCCUUUUCAAGCCAUUGUGUUUCUAAGGGAACUCUUUGUGAACGUUCUCGGCUUUUACGCAUCAGAUUUUAUGGUUCAUCUGAUAAGCCACUUGGAAGAUACCUAUGUGAUGCCCUUUUUGAUCAGGCAUCUGUUUGUCGGUCUUGUAAUGAACCUGUUGAAGCACAUGUGCAAUGUUAUACUCACAAGCAGGGAGUCCUCACUAUAAAUGUUAGGCGACUGGACUCCGUAAAGCUUCCUGGAGAGAGGGAUGGAAAAAUAUGGAUGUGGCAUCGGUGUCUUAGAUGCACACAAAUUGAUGGUGUCCCACCAGCAACCCGUAGAGUUAUAUUAUCUGAUGCUGCAUGGGGCCUUUCAUUUGGAAAAUUCUUAGAGCUCAGCUUUUCAAACCACACAACGGCUAACCGUGUUGCCAGCUGUGGUCAUUCUCUUCAAAGAGAUUGUCUCCGUUUCUACGGGUUUGGAAGCAUGGUCGCAUUUUUCCAUUAUUCACCUAUCGAUAUCCUCACUGUCCAUCUACCCCCUUCAAUGCUCGAGUAUAAUGGCCAAAGUCCACAGGGGUGGAUGGAAAGAGAGGUAGAAGAGCUCAAAAGUAAAAUGACAAAAUUCUACACCAACGUCAGUGAUCUUCUGUUGGUCAUGGAGCGAAAGAGUACAUCUUCCAGAAGCGGUGUAAAUUCAACCGAUUUGCAUAAGCAUAUUCUAGAGCUGAAAGACAUGCUUGAUAUUGAAAGAAACCAAUACUUCGAUGUGCUUGAACACGCUCUGGAAGACAAUUUACAGAUGGGUAACAAAGCAUAUGAUAUUCUAGAGCUUAACCAACUUCGAAGAUCCCUUUUAAUUGAUUCGCAUGCAUGGGACCGUCGGUUUUACUCUCUGGAUUGUCUCCUCAAUUCUGAAAGUCUCGAGCUAAAAGCUUCUGCGGAUACUACAUCUCAUGGUGAUCUUAAAGAGUUGAAGAAUGACAUUGUGAGGGAUUCCAAAUCUGUUGAUGAUCAAGCAGAAAAGGGAGGGUGCACUGAGUCUCAUUUACAUGCGUAUUCGAGCUCAGAUUGCCUCCAACCUUUACCGCAGCAAGAAGUGUUCGGGGAUGGAGAAAUUUCGAUGUGUAAAAAAUCCUUGGGAACAGUGAACUCUCCUGCAGCCGAUUUAUCGGAUAAAAUAGAUUCCGCGUGGACAGGCACUGAUGCAGAUGCAUCUCAAGCUGUUCCUGAUAAUUUGCGUCUUAAAAGGCUGAUUCCUCCUGCAAGGCUCUGUUCUUUUGACUCUGCUAUGAGAUUGGAAGAAAAAUUGCAUCGAAAGUUGCAUUCGGCAUCUCAACUCUCUGCUGUCAGAUCCUUUCAUGCUUCUGGAGACUUUAAAAAUAUGAUAAAAGACCCUGCGGCUAAUUUUACGAGAACCUUCUCUCAAGUUUAUCCGAAUGAGGUACCUUCUAUACCUUCGUUUAUCUCUACAUCUCAUAUGGACGAAGGUCCUCGUUUACUGCUUCCGAAAACAGGUCAGAGCAAUAUGGUUAUUGCUGUCUAUGAUGAUGAACCCACCAGUGUGAUAUCAUAUGCUCUUAGUUCUAAAGAGUACGAGGACUGGGUCUCCGAUAAGUGGCUACAACAAGAGGCGAGUUGGGGUGUCAAAGACAUACAGCGAGAGGAUUCUACAGUUUCAACUUUCUUAUCCUGGCAAUCUUUUGGCUCUCUAGAAUUGGAUUACAUUAACUACGGAAGUUAUGGCUCUGAAGACGUGCUAUCAAGGAAUAAUUCUUUGGCGAAUGACGUGAAGAGAUCUCCUCACCUACAUGUUUCGUUCGAUGAUGAUUCUUCAGCUGCUACUGGUGGGAAAGCAAAAUUUUCUGUAAUAUGUUACUUUGCAAAGCAGUUUGAUACACUGCAAGAAAAAUGUUUCCCGUGCAAAUUGGAUUUUCUACGGUCAUUGAGCCGCUGCAGGAGGUGGAACGCACAGGGCGGAAAGAGUAACGUGUACUUUGCAAAAUCUAUGGACGAGAGAUUCAUUAUUAAGCAAGUCACCAAGACGGAGUUAGAAUCUUUCCAGGAGUUUGCAGCUGAUUAUUUUAAGUAUUUGAAUGAUUCUCUAGACUCGGGAAGUCCAACGUGCCUUGCCAAAGUGCUUGGUAUCUUUCAGGUUUCUGCGAAGCAUUUGAAAGGUGGGCGUGAAACAAAAAUGGAUUUGAUGGUGAUGGAGAAUCUGUUCUACAAAAGAAGUAUAUCAAGGAUUUAUGAUCUAAAGGGCUCUUCUCGGUCUCGUUAUAAUCCUAACACAACAGGAACGAACAAUGUGCUUUUAGAUAUGAAUCUCCUGGAAACAUUGAGAACAAAUCCCAUUUUUCUAGGAAGCAAAGCGAAAAGAAGACUCGAGAGAGCUGUUUGGAAUGAUACAUCCUUUCUUGCUUCUGUUGACGUUAUGGAUUACUCGCUACUGGUGGGUGUGGACGAGGAGAAGAAAGAGCUGGUGCUUGGGAUUAUUGAUUUUAUGAGACAGUAUACCUGGGACAAGCACCUUGAGACUUGGGUUAAGGCUUCGGGUAUUCUAGGCGGCUUAAAAAACGCUCCGCCAACCAUAAUUUCCCCGAAACAGUACAAGCGAAGAUUUCGAAAGGCAAUGACUAACUACUUUCUUACGGUACCAGAUCAAUGGUCAUCAUGAACUGUGGUUUUGUUUUCAUCACUUUUUUCUACUGUUGAUUCUUUUUGGUUCACAAAUCAUGUACUCGUUCGUUCCAUUGAAUUUACUACAUUUGUAUUUUUAAUAUGAGAACAUUUCUUAGCAAUUGUAGCAAAUUCAAUGAAACAGAAGAUUUUAUAGCAUUAAAAAGACUCCUUUUCUCUAAAGGGGCACAAAGUGGCCCAAUACCAAAGUGAUUGAAUGAAAAAAAAUGUGAUUUCCAUGUGCAAAGUAAUGUUAAUGAACUUUUGUGCUCA